CAUCAGCCAAGGUGUUACCGCGUGGUUGAGAGAAAAGCACACACACACGUUGUUCUUUGCGAGAAGCAAUCAAGACACAUCCACCUCCUCCCCCCCCCCCGCCCAAAGCUUCCCGUCGAUCCAUCUGCCAUCAUGGGUGACUGGCGCCGUCAGCAGCAACAGCAGCAGCAAGGGGGCAACCCCAACUUCAACCCCAAUGCGGCCGAGUUUGUGCCGUCCUUUCCUCAGGGCGGCUAUCAGGGCCAGCAGUACCAAGGCGGGUAUGGCUACCCACAGCAGCCGUUUUACCCCAACAUGUACAUGAACCCGUACCAGCAGGGGUACCCGCAGCAGGGGUUCCCACAGCAGCCCUACCAGCAAGGCAUGUACAACCCGUACCAGCAGCAGCCCAUGAUGCAGCCACAGCAGCCACAGCAGCAGCACGGCCGCGGGGGUGGUCGCGGUGGUCGCCAGCCACAGCAGCAGCAGCAACAGCAACAACAGCAGCAGCGCCAGCCAAAGCAGCAGCAACAACAACAGCAGCAACAGAAGGCGCCCGCCGCAAAGCAGGCUGAUGGCUCCCUCCCACAGACGUUCAAGACACUUGAUUUGAGCGGCGGCAAGGCCACCAAGCUGGAUCUCACCAGCGGCAAGAAGGAGGAAGACAAGAAGGAGCCAGAGGCAAAGAAGGAAGAAGAGAAGAAGGAGCCAGAACAGAAGGAAGAAGAGAAGAAGGAAGCAAAGGCGGAGGAGACAAAGGCAUCUGAUGACAAGAAGCAGGAGCCCGCUGCCGAUGAUGAUGACGAUGACGACGACGAAGACGAAGAGGUUGAGUACGAGGAUGAGGGCGGCCGCGAGCACCUCAACAUUGUCUUCAUUGGCCACGUCGAUGCCGGCAAAUCCACCAUUGGCGGUCACAUCAUGUACCUGACGGGCAUGGUCGACAAGCGGACGAUGGAAAAGUAUGAGAAGGAGGCGAAGGAGGCCAACCGCGAGAGCUGGUAUCUCUCCUGGGCCCUCGACACAAAUGCCGAGGAGCGCGCAAAGGGAAAGACAGUCGAGUGCGGCCAAGCGCACUUUAUGACGGACAAGAAGUACUUCACCAUCAUCGACGCCCCCGGCCACAAGAGCUUUGUCCCAAACAUGAUCAGUGGCGCCGCACAGGCCGACGUCGGCGUCCUCGUGAUUUCUGCACGCAAGGGCGAGUUUGAGACGGGUUUCGACCGCGGUGGCCAAACCCGCGAGCACGCCAUGCUUGCCAAGACGGCUGGCGUGAAGCACCUGAUCAUCGUCAUCAACAAGAUGGACGACAUCACCGUGGAGUGGAGCGAGGACCGCUUCAACGAGUGCAGGAAAAAGCUCAUGCCCUUCCUCAAGGCAACGGGCUUCAAGAAGGACGACCUGACGUUUAUUCCCGUGUCCGGGCUCACGGGCGCCAACCUCAAGGAUCGCGCCGACUCGAGCGUGUGCGGCUGGUACAGCGGCCCGUCGCUGAUUGAGUUCCUGGACGAGCUGCCGCCAAUCCCGCGGCUGCUGAAGCACCCCGUGCGCAUGCCCAUCACAGAGAAGUACAAGGACAUGGGCACGGUUGUGAUGGGCAAGGUGCAGUCGGGGUACAUCCGCAAGGGCCAGAAGCUGAUCAUGAUGCCAAACAAGCACAAGGUGACGGUUGACGGCAUCACGGUGGAUGACGAGGAGCGCGACCUGUGCCGCUCUGGCGAUAACGUGAAGCUCAAGCUGAAGAACAUUGAAGAGGAGGAGAUUGCCAAGGGCCACGUGCUGUGCCAGCUGAAGCAGCCCUGCUCCGUCUGCACCGUCUUUGACGCCCAGCUCGUCAUCCUCGAGUGGAAGACGAUCAUCGCCCCAGGCUUCAAGGCUGUGCUGCAUCUGCACUCUGCGAUUGAGGAGGUGACGCUGGAGCGCCUCAUCUGCCACAUCAACAAGAAGACGAACCGCCCGGACAAGGAGAAGGGCCGCCCCCGCUUUGUGAAGCAGGGCGAUGUGUGCAUUGCGCGGCUGCGGGUGUCGCAGUCUGUGUGCGUUGAGACGUUCAAGGACCACCCGGACAUGGGACGCUUCACGCUGCGUGACGAGGGUCAGACGCUCGCCAUUGGCAAGGUGCUCAAGCUCAUCGAAUAAGCAAGACGCCACCGGCACCGCCACGAGUAGUACACGCUGGCAUCGCCACCAUGAUGAUACGGCACCAUGACGCGCUGUGAGCCGUGUUGGAGCGUGUGUUGAGGCUGGUAUUUUCGGUUCUGUGUUGUGCGCUCUGGUGCCGUGAAUGACGUUCAGCAAAACUUUGAAUUCUAUGUCUGUUCGCGUUGUCCUCCCAUGUUGUUGGUGCUGUUGUUGUGCUUUUCUUUCCUACAACGUAGCUGGCUGUGGUCUAACACGUGUGUGUUUAGUUUGUCUGGUUGUCGUUUUCUGUUUCCUAAGGGGUGAUGAUGAUGAGGUUUUUGGUCGCUCAGAUGUUGCAUGUCGGUGAUUGUGCUCGUGUCUAUGUAGUUGUCGGUUCGCUUCCUUUCUCUCACUCUUCUCUUCUUCCCUUCCCUCUCCAUUCACAUCUCGUGUUUUUCCUCCUCUCUUCUUCUCUCUCGUGUUGCGCGAUGCACUGUCAUCGCUGCACCCGCUCUUCCUCCCUCCCCCAGCCGGUUGUGCCGCUGCUGCGUGGGACCAGGGUGUGCGCACGUGUGUGUAUGUGUGCAUGUGCAAGAGCUGUCGGUCCUUGGGUCGGUUCGUUUAUUCGAUUAAUGAUGGUGACAGCGUGCACACGUGGAGACGCCAGCAACAAAUACAACAAAUUCACAAGA